CCUUGUCUAACCCGCCGCCGUCCUCUUGGCCCCGGCCAGAGGAGGCGGGCUAGGCGGUCGGCGUCGCCAUAGCGACCACAAAGCGAGCCAAUGGCAAGCGCCGGCGAUUCAGCCUUCGCCUGCCCGUCUGGGCGCAGCGGGCUGUCCGUGGGGGGCGCGCCAGGCGCGGGCUGGCAGCCGCUCCCGAUGGAGCUGCUGGUGGUCGGCGGGUCCUGGGCCGCCUUCCGGCUGUUCAACGCCGGGCUGGACCGCCUGGUGCCGCCGCCGCCGGCGCAGGACAACCGCUGGAAAUGGCGCAACAUCUGGACGUCUCUGGUCCACAGCCUGUUCAGCGGCUCCGGGGCGCUGCUGGGGUUCUACCUCCACCCGCAGAUGGCCUCGGACGUGGUGGGCACCCACUCGCCCGGAGCGCACCGCCUCGUCGGGGUUUCCGUCGGGUAUUUCCUACAUGACACCGUCGAUAUGCUGUGUAAUCAGAAGUUUUACCAGUGCUGGGAACUACUCUUCCAUCAUUCAGUGGUGAUCACCUGUUUUGGCACGUCUUUCCUGUUCCACCGCUAUGUCGGUUAUGCCAUGGUGGCCCUGCUGGUGGAGGUCAACUCUGUCUUCCUGCACCUGCGAACAAUCCUGCGCAUGGCUGGCUUGUCACACACGACUUUCUACCGUGUGGUCAGCCUGGCCAACCUGAGCACCUAUGUGGUGUUUCGCAUCAUCACCCUCGCCUGGAUGACCCGCUGGCUCGUUCUCAAUAAGGAGAGCAUCCCACUCGCCAUCUAUGUGCUAGGCAUAGUGGCCAUGAGCAUAAUUUCUCCAAUGAACCUCGUACUCUUCUACCGGGUGCUGCGCACUGACUGGCUCAGGGCCCAGCACCUUGCCAAGGAGCAGUGAUGCUGCUUAGCUCCCUUGAAGAACUGGGUGUUGGCCAGGAAGGGGGAGAGACAGACAAACAGACAGAAAGGCUGUAGGAAUAAGACGGGUCUUCAUAAAUCUGCCUUCCAGGUUGCAACUGCCUUUCUUCUCUCCGCCUGAAUUAUGAAAAACCAGGAGCUGCCUUGAGACAGGGGAAAGGCACAAAGAGAUCCUUUGUGGUGUGGGUGGUGUGUGUAUGUGUGUGUGUAUGAAUGUGUGUGCUCUAGUGGUGUGACUUUGCAAAGGAAGGAGGCUGAGGAUGGUGGGCAUGCUGAGGGGGAAAGGGUGUAAUGUAGUGACCCUACAAUGGGGGUUCUUAUUGAAGGGUCUUCACCUGCAUAACUGUGUUUUGACCUUUGCUUUCAGCACAGCCAUGUCUCUCCCCGCACUCCCCACCUCAACAACUCAGGACAACGUGGACUUCCUUCUUUAGAGGAAGUUCAACACCAGCCUUUGCACUUGGCCUUGUACCUUGGUCUAUGGAAAGCCCUGAAGAAAUGGAAGGGAGCCAAUUUCCUUCCUUCUCUCUCUUGCUUGUUCUCCAGUUCUCUUUCCUGGCUAUGUUAUGUAGCCUAUUCUCUAGAACCUGAACAUGGGACAGCCCCUGUCUCGGGGCGGGUGGGUGGUGUGUGUGUGUGAAUGAACUUCUAGGUGAUCUGUCCUUUUGUUCCAGUUUCAUGCCAUUCCACAUAACCUCUUACUAUCCAACAUUCUAUAGGGUGCAUUUCUUCUUGGACUAGAACAUGUCUUUUGCACAGAUUUGGCAUAGCAAAGCUUCAUUGAAGUGCUUGGCCAGAUGCAGUGAAACCUUAGGGGCUCCCUCUAGUCCCAUGAAGGUUGGAAGGGGACCAAUUCACUCAUGGCCUUUUGGCGUUUCCCUGCAAAUAUGUGCACUGACAGAAGUUAAACAGUUAGAAAGUGCCCUUGAAAAUAGCCACUCCUAAGAUGCUGCUGAUGGCUCUUCUUUGGAGGGAGUGGAGAUCAGGUUUUCCAAAUAAAUUCCAUGCCAAUUGGCAAUCCCUUGCUUACCCACUGGCCCCUACUUUACACAGGAUGCUGAGCUAGUGCUCUCAGCUUAGAAAAAACCACAUGGCUCUGAGGCUCAGGCUACUACAGUGCUGUAAAGAUGUUAUGGGAAAUGCACUUUCAUGAUGCCUUAGUUUUGUAACAAGCUGUCUGAAUGUCUUUGCAUAAAGUAAUAACAAUAAUAAAUCAGCGAUUCCGGCCGUGAAAGCCUUCGACAAUACAAUAAUAAAUC